GAGUAAGGCGUGGUGCGUGGUACUAUGAGGUCCUUAUUGAGGAGAUGCCAGCUGAUACGGCUUCCAGGAUUGGCUGGUCCCAAGAAUUAGGUAAUCUGCAGGCACCAGUUGGGUAUGACAAGUUCAGCUAUUCAUGGCGGUCAAGGAAAGGCACCAAGUUCCAUCAGAGUCGAGGUAAACACUACAGCAGUGGAGGGUAUGGUGAGGGGGAUGUCAUAGGAUUCUUUAUACACCUGCCAGAACCAGAGGACAUCAGGAAAAUGUUACCUCAGACAUAUAAAGACCGGCCUUUGGUGAAGUUUAAGAGCCAUCUGUACUAUGAGGAAAAGGAUUAUGUAACAGAGACAGAGAAGAAUCUAAAACCUAUAAGGGGAAGUCAGAUGAUUAUGUACAAGAAUGGUGUGUCACAGGGGAUCGCUUUUGAGGAUGUGUUUGAGGGCUGGUAUUACCCCUGUAUAUCUCUAUAUAAAAAUGCUAAGGUAACUGUGAACUUUGGACCUGAUUUUAAGUUUGGACCACAAGGUUUAAAGGGUUUCAAGCCAAUGUCAGAAGCAGCCUCACAGACCAUGGUAGAAUAUGCUCUAGCUGACAUUCUGUACCAUGUGGAAAAUGAAGGCAAACUCCCAGAGUUUUGAAGAAUAUCAAGGAAUGAAUGAAGAGGAGGGAUUUUACAAGGAAAUAAUAAUGCUAAUGAAUUAUGCGACAUGAAUCCCAACAUGACAAAAUACAUUGAUAAUCCAACCACUGGACAAGUCCUACUGACUCAACACUGGACACCAUACUGCCCAAACAGUUUGACAACCGCACUAACCAAACAGUUUGACAAUCACCCUGACCCAUCAAUAAGACAUACCACUGGACAAGUCCAGAGUCAGCUCUGGACAGUACACACCACCCAAGCAGUCAGGCAAACGUAGGACAAGCCACACAGAACUUACCAUAGUAUCAACCACUGGAUAAGCCUCACCCACCAAGCAGUCAGACAAAACAUAGGACAAGCCACACAGAACUUACCAUAGUAUCAACCAGUGGAUAAGCCUCACCCACCAAGCAGUCAGGCAAAACACAUGACAAGCCACAGUGUAGACCCAUCAAUGGUCACUUAGUAGAACAAACUUUAUACCAGAUUGUGUUCAAGUAUAGGUGCUUGGGAUUCCUUACAAUAUUGUUUCCUUGUUUUUAAUAUGACUUUCCUUUCCUGAUUUACAUGAAUAAUAACCAAGUGAAGUAAUCUCGAGCUUCCCCUGUGGAAUUUUACCCCCUUUAGACAUUAGUGUAGUGGUAUGUGUGAAAGGUGGAACUGGAGAAAGUGUUUACUAGUGUGAAAAUUUUAUCUAGAGACAGAAUCUGCCGUAAUUCUAUGUGUAUUUGAAAUGUCUACAAAAAUCAUGAAUAAAUGUGUAAAGUCAA